AUGUACAAGUCAUUCAUUGCUAUCUGCUUGCUGUUUGUCGUUGUUGCCAACGCUGACAUCUGGACCAACUGUGGUACCCCAUCGGACAAGUUCACCAUCACCAACGUUGUGAUCACCCCAGACCCCCCCAUCAAGGGACAGGAGAUCGUCGUCUCUGCCUCUGGCACUCUUUCCGAGACCGUCACCGGUGGCACUGCCCACAUGACCGUCAAGUAUGGAUUCAUCACCGUUUUGAACAAGCAGGAGAACCUCUGCGACAUCCCCAACAGCCCAUACCCAUGCCCAAUCGCCGCCGGUCCAUACUCUAGAACCGUCAACGCCACCAUCCCAGGCAACGUCCCAGGUGGUUCCUACAAGAUCAACGUCGUCCUCAACGACGAGAACAACGCAGAGAUUGCCUGUAUCGAUGUUGCUGUCAAGUUCGAGGGUAAGGGCGAGGGCAAGGGUAGUUGCAAUAUGAGUAAUAAACAAACAACAAAUGAAAGAAGACAGAUUAGAAGAGAGUAUAGAUUGCUGAUACAGGAUACACAGAGCAAGAGACAGGACCUAAUCCAACCAGAGAACAAUGGACUGUCUGAACUACUCAAGAAGGGAGAGGAUAUAUAUAGUAGAGUACAACACCCUAGAGAGGCAGCAUUGGACUCUGAGCUGCUGAGUCUGGCGUCACAACUUGGUUUGGAACAAUCACAGAAAUUCAAGGUCACCUUUAACUCGUUUGAUAGCGAGGGUUUCAUCACUAGAGUGAGGGACCAUCUUAUGCAACUGAGUGAGGACAAUGAUGUCAAUGAACAAGGAUGGAAUAGGUUUGGUCAGGCCGUGAACGAGCAUUACAACACCGUGCCCGAGUUUGACUUUAUGUACGGCCCAAUGAACAUUGAGAUCGUGGAGAAGCAACGCAAGCAGAUACAACGUCGUGCCAAGGAGGAUGUCGGCAAGGUCGAGCACGCAGAGAAGGUCACCGACACAGAGACCGCGAAUGCCGAGUCGACAAGUGGUCGUGUCCAGGCGAUGAAGCAGUACAUUGAGAAGAAGAGAAGGAUCGACUUUUUGGACAUGGUCGUCAACAAGCAGUCGUUCUCAAAGACGGUCGAGAACAUCUUCUAUCUCUCCUUCCUUCUCAAGGAUGGUCAGGCCCGAAUCAGCAACACUGAUGGCUUUGAGAAUGUUGAGGCUUCUCAGCCUCCCGACGAGAAGGACUACACAACUGGCAAGGCUCUCCAAAGACAUUCAAUCAUCAAGAUGGACUAUGAGACAUGGCAGAUGAUGACAAAGUUAACGAGCACGCUGGACGACUUUGAUAUCACGCAGAGACCACAACCAGUCGUUUCAGUCACAGAACCAGCAAGGCAACAACAAGAUGAUAGAGCAAACAAGAGACAGAGGAAAUAG